UUCGGUUUGGCCGCACCAGUACCUUACCAAUGCUGCUGCGCCAGCAACGGACGCCAUCGUACAGAGGAGAAACCUGAUAGGGCGUCGUCGGACACUAAGAUGCUCGCGCUUGCCGCUUUGCUAGCCGUACACGCAGGACUCGCUGGUUCAAUACCUACCGCGCCGGAAAACAUUACCGUCACCUUCCUAACGCCAACGUCGGUACGAGUCUCAUGGCAAACCUCGAUGGAUCCGCACACGAUGCCAGUGGACAAAUACGAUGUCACGUACAAACCGACCGACGCCAGUUACAGGGUUGUCGUAGUGGUGGCCGGUAACCGGGACGCGGUGACGCUCGGCGGACUGACACCGGACACACAGUACCAGCUGACGGUGGCCGCCGUCUGGAACGGGAAGAAGUAUCGCAGCCGACCGAUCGUAUUCAGAACGCUGGAGCCUCCAAGGACGUCGUACCAGCAGGACUCCGGUUCGCUGGUAGGUAGUAGUGGUCCACCGAACUCACCGCAUGCCGACACAGCACCCUCGCUCAGCGGCAUCGGGAUCUUUAACGACGAGUUCGGCAAUAUCUCAGUUAACUCCACGUCCCGCGAACUUCCAACGAUCCGUGGUGUAGAAAUCGGUAUUGUAGUGUUAGUGUUAAUAGUCUGGGCUGGUGCUAUAGCUUUAUUUUUUAAUCGAUGGGGUAAGAUACGAAUGUUGCUUCCAUAUCAACCGGACUACAAGCAGGAACAGCUGAAAGUUCCUGGCACUGGUGUCUGUGCCAAUGGUACCUGCAACGGACAACAUUCCCAUCAGCCUUACCAUCCGUGGCCGGAGGAGCCUUCGUCGGUGAUCUCGGAACGUUGCACACGGGCCCGUAUCAACUCGGCCAUCUUCGUGUCGUCCGAGGGCAAAGGGUUCGAUUCGAUCGAGUUCAUCCGACGGUACGGCUCCCAGAGUGUCCUCUGUCGAAAGGCGAAGAGUGCCGAGAACGUGUCGGCCUCCGAGCGACAGCGCCGAUUCUCCGAGUACCCGGAGUGGGAGACGGAGGACAGUACGACGGGCAACGGUACGUCCGCACACUCAGCCAGCAACACGAGGCGGAAAAAAUCGCUCCGCCAGGACUCGAUCGAGCUGGUAGAAUGUCACAAAGAACCGGUGGCGGUGACGGUACCGGUCCCGGUCCCGGUGCCGACCGUUACACCCGGUGCCGUACCCGCAGUCGCCGGGACAACGGCCACCCUCGUCACGGUGGGAGUUCCGGUUGCGAUCGGUAGUAAACCGGUUGUGUCCGGUGCCGUAACCGCUGCCACCAGUGUCGCCUCGGCAGGGAUCGUCAAGCCGACACCGAAGCUGUCCAAUCUGCCGACACUCUCGGUGUCCGGACCGUCGCCACCGCACGAGGAAGAAUUCCUUAAACACCUGGAAAAGAGCUCAACGCUCCCGGACGUCGAUAGCACAAGUUCCGGGUGUGAACAGGUGGAGAAGGAGCGCUAUUAAAAACCUUCGGCAGCAACA